CUAUGUACAUAUACAUUUCUUCAUGGGUGCCCUGCCUGAUAUGACCAUCCAUAACUGGAGCAUCUCUGGACGAAAUGGCUAACUCAACACAGGCUGGGGAUUAAAAAUACUGCCUAUGUCUCAGCGCCACCCAGCACUGCAUUAAAUCUCAAAGGCGACAGGGUGCAUUUCAUUCUUAAGGCUGUGCCAAAUAACCGUUGGACUGCUCUUCGUCAGUGAUCAUACAGCUAGCUGUUUUCUGAGGUGUACUCUUCAGAGUUCCAUUCACACAGCAAAAAUGUCAUAUGGGGCUAUCGAUGGCAGCAGCUUCAGUGGACACAACCCAUUUGGAGGACCAUCCAGACAAGGGUAUCAGCCUUUAGCAUCGCAGAUUGACCCCAAUGAAAUUCAAGAGGUGUUUCAGGAACUUACAGCAAACAUCUUCCGCAUUAACACAAAUGUGACUUCCUUAGAGAAGAGUUUGCAAGCUCUGGGGACAUCUAAUGACACACAAGAGCUUAGAGAUGGACUGCACACAACACAGCAGGAGACGAAUAAAACCAUCAGCUCCUCAACAAAGUAUAUUAAGCAGCUCUCGGAAAUAGUACGCGGAUCAUCCAGGCGAGAAUGGUUGCAGUUGGAUAGGCUUAAGAACCAGCUCUCAGACUCUAUUCAGCGCUAUGGAGGAUUGCAGAAGAAAGUUGCUGAGAAGUCCAGAGCAUUGCUUCCUGUAGCACAGAAAAAUAAGCAGAUUGCCAGGAAUCCCUUUGCAGAGAUCAGUGAUGAGGAUGAGUUCCUCGGGAGAGGGCCCAGUAAAUGGCAGACUACUGAUGAAACUUCGGAUCCAGCUCAGGCCCAGAGCCAGGCAUUCCUUUCAGAGAUUACAGAGGAUGAAGUGGAAUCUGUGAAACAAAGAGAGGAGGCAAUCUUACAGAUUGAGGCAGAUAUGCUUGAUGUGAAUCAGAUUAUCAAGGAUCUAGCACUAUUGGUACAUGAACAGGGCGAUAACAUUGAUAGCAUUGAAGCCAACAUUGAGCGGGCAGCUUCAAAUGUUGAUGCAGCUAACGACCAGCUAGCAAAAGCAAAUCAGCACCAGGUCCAGUUAAUGUUAAUAUCAGUGAUCCAGGCUAUUCAGCUGAAAAUCAGAAUAAAGCUUCAUGUAUUCUGUCCUGGCCAGAUGGUUUAACCCUAACAUGAAGAAACUACCCUGUAUUAUACCAAUGUUCCUUUUCUGUACAAGAAGUCUGAUUCUAUUGUGCCUGUGAAAUGUAGUGAAGUAUUUUCUGCUCCACUUCAACAAUCAUUUGGUUUAGAAAUGUCACUUUCUUAGACCUAAUAAAGCGUAUUUUACCUGUGGGGAACAAGGGCAAAGGGGUAGGUAGACCGUACAGUGACUGAACUCAUCAAGUGGCUGACUCUUGACAAGGUUUUUAUGGCUGAGAGGCAAUCACUAAACAGACAUGACUUAACUUGCUGCAUCGUACAUGUGAUUCCAUAUGUGAUGUCGAAUUAUCUUGACUGUUAGAAUUUAAAACUGAUUCAAAGGAAUCUGAUGGUUCCUCCACAAUCUCCCUCCCUUAAGAACCAUCCAAAAAUGAGUAUCCUCAUAAACUGAAACAUUAGAAAUAAUCAGUAUAAUGUGAUGUGGUAAAAUAAGUUGGACAUAUAUCUUAUCAUCAAUGAUGGAACAGCAAUAAUUUGAGCAUCCUAUGGUCACUGCAUAUAGCAAAAUUGUAACUGUGCUCAAAAAUGCAUGCUUAUUAUAUCAUUGUAUAUAAAAAACAAAGCAGUUGUUUUAUUGUGGUGUACAAAUUAUUACUGUUCCAUCACUAAUCACUUGACAUACAUAAUCCUCUUUAAAAACAUAAAUCUCUUGCCACUUUAAAGUGUGCUUGUGCAUCAAAUGAAAAAUCUUCAGUUACAUUUUUUGAUUGCAGGUGAGCUUACUUAUUGGAUUAGGUUUUACCGACAUUUAACUAUACAUCAUUGUUCAUGCAUUGAAGGGAUGUUUUGUGUGUUUCUAGAAGAGCAAUCCCGGUCGUGACUUCCUACAAUGGGUGUAGAAAAGCUCUUAGUUGGAACAAUGAAUUAAUGGCUGAGCCCUCAUUCUGAGAUUGUGUCCCCCUCCCCCCACCUAAAUUCUAGACUCCCCAGGAAAGGAAACAAUCCUCUAGCACCUACACUGGGUGAAUGCUUUUAAUAUACUCGGAUUUCUUUUCCAUGAGAAAGAAAAUUGCGGGAACUGUAUAAUGGGCUGCCUUUGAGCUAUUGCACUUUUUGUACUCUCACCCAAUUCUACCCCCAUGACAUCAAUAAUUUUAAGUGUGUUAACAAUUAAUGUGUGUGUGCCUCUCCCUUGGUUAAAGAAAGAAAUAACUUUCAUUCAUAUAUCAUCCUUAACAUUCCCAGGAUACCCCAAGAGGACCAAGGGAGUGCUUAUGAAAUAUGACCACCAUUGUUGGGUAGGUAAACGUGGUAGCCAAUUUAUGCACAGGAAGGUCCCACAAGCAACUAGAUAAUCUGUUUUGGCUGAGGGUUAAUUGUUGGCCAUUUCACCAGCAGAAAACCACUGCCCUUCUUUGAACAGUACCAUUUGCAUCGCAUGAUCAAAGGUAAAAUCAGACCUUGGUUUAACACCUGACCUGAAAGACAGCAUCCCUGACCGUGUUCUCAGUAUUCACUCAAUAUUUCACUGAACUGUAAAAAGAAGAUUUCUCAUAUGGUACUAUCUUCUACACAGUAGUAGAAUUGAGCCAGACUUGGAAUGUGUUCCGGGAGAUUACACGAGAAAAUGGCACAUUUGUAUCCCUUAAUAUUACUUUUGACAUUGUUACAUUAUGAUACUGAGUCAUGUCAGGCAGCAUCACCCACAAGUGCCAGCCUUUAGGAUACAACAGAGCAACAGUUUAUUUUCCCCAACCUUGGAUGAUAUUCUCCCAGUCCUCGGGCAUUUGGGUGGCCUGCUCAUCAUAAAUCUAUUUUAUACCAAAUUUAUAGAGGGCAAAUUUUUAACUUCAUCACCUGAAUAGUAAGCUGGUAAAUCAAAUCACCUGCCACCUUUUCAUCCCAUUGAAAUCCGUACACUAUAAAAAGGAUAGAUUUUAUAACA